GUAAAUCAGAAAUGUGUAGGGGAGGGUUAAUUGAAUUAAGAGUGGGAUGGUUUGGGCCAGGUAGGAUAUAUUUGGGUGCAAAUCAUGUAGAUGGGGCAGAAGGGUCUGAGGUGAGCUGGUGACAACACCUGGCCCUUAGGCCAGCCAAGGGCUUCAUUAGUGCCGAGGGGAAGACGGUUUUUGGAUUAUUGAAUGUUUAGAUGUUGAGUUAUUUUGAAUUAUUGAUUUCGGUUUUUGUUCAUUAAUUUUUGCCUCCAUACGGACCAUUUUUUUGUAGGGCCAUGUUGAAGGCCAACGGCCUUCCUCACAUCCCACCACUGCCUCCAAUCCUUCCACCGCCGCAAGGCUCAUCCUGGUAACAAUUGGUGUCAGAAGUAACCGGAGCGCCUCAACAGGGGGCAGUGUGGAAGAUGGGACCAAGAGCCAAGCCGGCCAAAGAGGGCGAUGCACGUCACCAGCAGGAAGAGGAACCGGCUGGAAGAGCACUACCUGCGCAAACAGACAUGGCUGACCAACUAACAGAAGAGCAGAUUGCUGAGUUCAAGGAGGCCUUCUCCCUCUUCGGUAAGGACGGCGAUGGCACCAUCACCACCAAGGAGCUGGGCACUGUGAUGCACUCUCUGGGCCAGAACCCCACGGAGGCCGAGCUGCAGGACAUGAUCAACGAGGUGGACGGGAACGGCACUAUCGACUUCCCAGAGUUCCUGAUCAUGAGGGCGAGGAAGAUGAAGGAAACAGACGGCGAGGAGGAGAUCAGGGAGGCCUUCCGAGGGUUUGACAAGAGCGGUAGCGGCAAACGGUAGCGGUAAACGGUGGCGGCGGCGGCGAUAGCGGUAAACGGCAAGCGGUGAACGGCAGCGGUAGCGGUUAGCGGUAAACAGUAGCGGUUAGCGGUAGCGGUAAACAGUAGCGGUUACCGGUAGCGGUAAACAGUAGCGGUUGCGGAAACGGUAGCGGUAAACAGUAGCGGUUGCGGAAACGGUAGCGGUAAACAGUAGCGGUUGCAGUAGCGGUUAGCG